AUGUCGUGGGCAAAGCAUAAGAAGAUUUUGGCGAUGGCCAAGGGCUAUCGUGGUCGUGCUAAUUCAUGCUAUCGUACAGCCAUUAACCGUGUGGAAAAAGGUUUGCAAUAUCAAUACCGCGAUCGCAAGCAGAAGAAGCGCGACAUGCGCUCGUUGUGGAUACAAAAAAUCAACGCUGGUGCACGCCAAGAAGGUUUGUCGUACUCGAAGCUUUAUGGAAAGAUGAACGGAUCGGGUAUUGAGCUAAAUCGCAAAGUAUUGGCUGACAUAGCUGCCACCGAGCCAUUUAGUUUCAAGUCGGUAAUUGAUGUUGUGAAGCACAUGGAGAUCGCGACUAAGGCUUUGUAA